AUGUCGGCUCCUUCUCGGAUGGAGGAUGCUGAGGAGCAGCACGCCCGCCGGGCGUCGGAUGGUGAGGCGCACCAAGGAUCCACCGAUGCUGAGCACCACGCCCGCCCGCUCGAGGUGCAAGAGGUUGUCGAGAAGCUCAACACGGUCCCCGCCUUCAAGGUUGUGGACGACGAGACCGGAGACAUCGUGCCCACACCGGGCAAGGGCGGCGAGGCCUGCUUGUGCUGGUACGCCGACCCUCACGACGCCCGCGUCGCGCUGGCAAUCGUGGCGGCGAGGGAGCCGGGCCGCCAGCUCAGCCUCGGGACGACGCCGCUCGGCACCGCGCUCGCGAUGAGCGAGGGCUGGGGCACCGGGCUGCCUUCGAUGCCGCUCCGGCUGCAGGCCUCGAGCGCGGUGCUGCGCUCCGUGCGGGACGUGCUCAGCCCGCUGCCGGAGCGGGCGGCCGCGGCGCUCAACGCUCGCACGAGCGCUUUCCCCGUCUUUUUGAUGGAGGAGCUCCAGUCGCCUUCCGUCGCGCCCGUCUUUUUCCGGCGCGAGGACCUCGCCUCGUGCUGGCGCAUCUCCGGCCGCGCACCCGAGGCGCUGCCCGACUCGCUCACGCUCUACGACCUGCGCGUGCUUGUGCUGAAGAUGAUGAGCACCGGCGCGGACUGGCGCAGCCUCAUGUUUGUCGCGCCGGGGUCGUCGCUGCAGCAGAUCGACGCCGCCUCGCAGCACGGCGCGGUCCGCGACCUGGAGCGGCAAGCCGCCGUGGCGAGGGGAGACGAGCCGCCGCCGCUCGAGGAGGCCGCCGCCAUCGCCUAG